AUGGAGGAGUUGGGAUUAACCAAGACUUCAACUACCACUACAACUUCAACAACAGCCGCCUCUAGACAUGCUGACUCGCAUGGCCUCUCCGAUCACGACUUGUACAUCAAGAUGAAGGGUCUUGAGAGCAAAUUGGAUUUCUUCAAUAUACAAGAAGAGUACAUCAAGUAUGAGUACAAGAAUCUCAAGAGAGAGUUGCUCCACGCACAAGAGGAGGUCAAGCGUAUUCGUUCAGUACCAUUGGUUAUUGGACAACUGCUUGAGAUGGUUGACACCAACAAUGGUAUCGUCCAAUCAACAUCAGGAUCAACACUAUGUGUUAGAAUUCUCAGUACUAUUGACAGAGAGUUGUUGAAACCAUCGGCAUCAGUUGCCUUGCAGCGUUACUCAAAUGCACUGGUAGACACUUUGCCACCCGAAUCAGACUCGAGCAUCCAUCUGUUAGGCGCCGAUGAGAAGCCGUCCGAGAGCUACUCUGACAUUGGAGGCAGUGAUAUCCAGAAGCAAGAGAUGCGUGAGGCUGUCGAGCUUCCUCUAACACAUCACAACCUAUAUAAGCAGAUCGGUAUCGAUCCACCCAGAGGUGUAUUGUUGUACGGUCCACCAGGAACUGGCAAGACUAUGCUGGCCAAGGCAGUCGCACAUCAUACCAGUGCUUCAUUCAUUCGUGUCGUAGGAUCAGAGUUUGUACAGAAAUAUCUAGGUGAGGGUCCACGUUUGGUGCGUGACGUCUUUAGACUGGCCAGAGAGAAUGCUCCAGCCAUCAUCUUUAUCGAUGAGAUUGACGCCAUUGCCACCAAGCGUUUCGAUGCACAGACUGGAGCCGAUCGUGAGGUACAACGUAUUCUCAUGGAGUUGCUGAACCAGAUGGACGGUUUCGAUGUCUCUGUAAAUGUCAAAGUGAUCAUGGCCACCAACAGACAGGAUACUCUGGACCCUGCCCUCCUGCGUCCCGGUCGUCUGGAUCGUAAGAUCGAGUUCCCAUUGCCAGACCGUCGUCAAAAGAGACUCAUCUUCCAGGUCAUCACCUCAAAGAUGAACUUGGCCGAUGAGGUCGACCUUGAAGAUUUUGUAUCGAGACCUGACAAGCUGAGUGGUGCAGAGAUUACAUCCAUUUGUCAAGAGGCUGGUAUGCAUGCCAUCAGGAAGAACCGUUAUGUUAUCCUGUCAAAGGACUUUGAGAAGGGUUACAAGUCAGCGAUCAAGAAGAACACUCAAGAGUUUGGAUUCUACCAGAUAUAA